AUGCAGCUCACCACUAUCGUUGCCUUCCUUGCGGCCGCCGCUAGUGCCGCUCCUGGUACACUGUCUCCACGGGCAUCUGGAAGCGUGCGCGCACGUUUCUAUAACGAUGGCGGCUGCGGUAGCAACGGCAAUGAUAUAGCUCAAGCUGAGUUGAUCCUCACGUCAACCAAUGUGACAGGCAAGGCAGGAUGUCGGGACUUGACCAUCGGGCCAUACCCUGCUGUAUUCUUCGAUCAGAGCACUCUGGAUUCAAACACAAAGAACUCACCCCACUGCUCCUUCCACCCAUCGCGCAACAAAGUCAUUCAAGGAAACAACUACCAAACACCCAAGAUGCAUCUCAUGAAUCUUCUGCUCGCGUGCAUCUUCGCCCUGUGCGUCAUUGCCGCACCCGCGGACUUUACGUUGCACUCUCCGCUCGCGAUUCCUGUCCCCGGCUCUGCAACCUACGACGCCGACGUCGCCGCUGUCCUUGCCUACGUCCGUUCCCACAACUCUUCCCCCGUCCAGAGAUCCGCCGCCGAUGAGCCAAUUACUAGAUUAUGCGGCAUAUAUACUAGUACUCCAGUCUCCGAUCCCAUCUACCAGGAAAUGCGCGAAGAUGGAUCGUUCAACUAUCGCAGCUUCGAUCUAGCUGCGGGCUCCACUAUCGAGGGCAUCCUUAACCGCCACUGCGGAUUCUGCAUGUACUUUGACGAAGAAGGCGCUCUCAUCAUGUCCGUAGGACCCGAUCAAGUGAAUUGGGCGCAUCCUACAACUGCCAAGACCUACAUCUGCUGGCGUCCGCCGAUGAGGGGUCACGAAGGUGGUAACUGA